ACGAACAGCCUCCAUUCCCAAGAUGUUCAUAAAGCUGAGAUUCUACUGUAGUAGCAGUUAAACUGAACAUCUUGUAAAUAGUGCUUUGCUGCUGUAUCACAAAGCUGUGAGCAGCAGCAGCAGAGGCAGUGCAACUAUAUGUCUGCCAAGUCAGGAAGUCAGCACUACAUGGAAUUACACUGGUUCACAAGUUUUAGUUCUGCAGAUGUUUAUGGCUUAUACUCUUGCCGUUGGUAGGAGAAGCUUGCCACUGUUACGUGAGAAAGUAGAUUUUAAAAAUUGUGUAAGAUGUCCUUACUAUCCUUCUCAAACAUUCACUUAUUUUGGAAGCCAGUGUUUUAUUCUAUAGAAACUUGAAUUAAAGUUAAAGACUUAACGUAACUUUUAUGUAAAUAGAACAUAUAAUGAAGUUGUAUAUUUUUAUUUUCUAGAAUUAUUAUGGCAAGAAAACACACGUGAAGUCAUAAAUGGGGAAAAUAGCCCUCAAGUUACAUGCAUCAAGUGCCUUUAAAGGAAAUAUGGGCAAUAUACACCAAAGGAAAAUGACUUUAAGCUGUUUAUAUUGACAUUAAUUGAAAUCCUAUUUAGUCAGAAAAGAUAUUUGGAAUUUCAUAAAUUUAUGAAAUAUAGUAGUUUUACUUGCAUGCUAAGGAAUUUACAAUUCUUUUGCUUAGAACGUUCUCUCUUGCGUUGGAUGUUGGUUGUGGAAGUGGCUACAUAGCUCAGUAUCUCAACAAGGAAACAGUUGAAAAACUUUUUCAAGUUGAUAUGGCAGAGAAUGCUCUGUUUGCAUUGGGUGAAUGACCUUCCUAGAGCUUUUAGAGAGAUUCAUCAAGUCCUUAAGCCAGAUGGAGUAUUUAUUGGUGCCAUGUUUGGAGGAGAAACUCUGUAUGAACUUCGCUGCUCUUUGCAGCUAGCAGAACUGGAAAGAGAAGGAGGAUUCUCACCACAUGUAUCUCCCUUCACUGAUGUCACUGAUUUAGGACAUCUGCUGGGAAGAGCUGGCUUUAACACAUUGACUGUGGAUACUGAUGAAAUUCAAGUCAACUAUCCAGGGAUGUUUGAGGUCAUGGAAGAUUUGCAAGGUAUGGGAGAGAGUAACUGUUCUUGGAAUAGGAAACCUAUCCUACACAGAGAAACCAUGUUGGCAGCUGCAGCAAUAUAUCAAGAAAUGUAUGGAAGUAAUGAUGGUUCAGUACCUGCUACAUUUCAAAUUUAUUACAUGAUAGGCUGGAAAUUCCAAGAGUCACAGGCAAGACCUGCCCAGAAAGGUUCUGCAACAGUGUCAUUUGGCGAUCUGGCAAAAAUAAAUUCACUUAUUUCAAGAGAGAAAAAGUAGUUCAUCCAAUGGCUAUGACUGAACUGGAUCUUUUAUGGAACUUUGCAUUGCAGAUAUUCUACAGUUGUCAGGUUUCUCCUGUUAAUGUCACUUUGAAGAGCUAAUAAAGUAGUUACAGGA